AUGCCAUUAAGAUUAUAUAAAAGCAGUAAGUUAUAUGCCUCUAGAGUCUAUACACGAUAUAUCUACAUAUUAUAUAUUGAAAUCUAAUAUAAUUUAUUUAAUAACAUAGCCAUGUAUUCGAUUAGUGACAAUGGUAAAAUAUCAAAUGAUUUGUCUACUAAUUCCAAAUUAAUGACAAGAUUUAAUUGCAAAUCUAAUCACAUGAAAAUUAUAAAACGAGAACGUCUUACCGGUGGAGCAGAUAUCAAUGAAAGUGUAGAAAAUUUGGUAGAAAAUAACGUAGAACCUACAGCUUCCAUAGAACCUACAGCUUCCAUACAACCUGAAGCUUCCAUAGAACCUGAAGCUUCCGUAGAACCUGAAGCUUCCAUAGAACCUGAAGCUUCCAUAGAACCUAAUGUUUCCAUAGAACCUGAAGCUUUCAUAGAACCUGAUACUUCCAUAGAACCUGUCGUAGAAUCAACCAUAAAUCAUUCUAAAGAUGAUUAUGAAGAAUCUUCUAAACAAUUUCCUAUACAAGAAUCGAGUUUGAGCAACAAUCAAAUGGAUCUUACAAGUGGUCCAUGCUGCGUUUGUGCAACACAUUUAAUAAACAAUACUAAAAUCAAUGAAAUAAUUGAUUAUGCUCAUCAAAAUCUUCAAGAUGCCGGCAAAGCAUUAGCAACAUUAGGAGAGAACUUCGAACACGGUUUAAAGUUGGCGAUCGUCGACGUACUAGGAAGAAUUCAACAAUGGAGUACCACGGUACAAAAUAAGUUAGAUAUUUGCAAAGGAGAUAUAGAACGUUUACAAGGAGAACUAUUAUCACAGAUGUGUGCAAUUACUGAUAAGGAGAAUAAAAUAAAGGAGCUUAAUAAACAGAUAGCAGAUCUUAUGGCUGAAAUUAAUCGACUUAAGCAACAACUUGCUGAAUGCAUGGCUGCAAAAGAAAAAUAUUUGGCGAAACAAAACCAAGUUGCAUCAGAAAAAACAAUAAAGAAAACAAACGUUGAAAAUCCUGUUCAAAAUCCUGGUGAAGAAAUGACUGAAGAUUUCUCAAUGGCAAAAAAAUUAAAAACGAAAGAUUCACCAAUAGCAAAAAAAUCAAGAACGGAAGAUUUUCCAAUGGAUAAAAAUGGAAAAAUUGAAGAAAUGAAAAGGACAAAAGUACAAACACGUGAGAAGGAUAAGGAAAGAAAGAGACGUGAGAUAGAGUUGGAAUGUGAGAUAGGAUGUCUUAGAAAGGAAAAUGAAAGAUUGAUGAAAGAAAAAAUCGAUUAUGAGAAUGCUAUACAGCGAGCAUUAUUACGUGGAGUAUCAUCUCUCAACGUAGAAGCUUUGAGAGUAUUACGUUGUCCACCAAUACCAUGUUGUAGUCCUUGUGCUCCAUGUCCAAUGUCCUUUAUACCAACUACCGAAGACACUGUUCCAUGUCCAGUAAAAAUGAAAAGACCUUGUCCAGCACGUCCAGCAAACAAAGAAUGUUGUAAUAGAUAUGGAAAUGGAAAUGAAAAUGAAAAUGAAAAUGGAAAGAAUUGGAAAUACAAUUAUUGUGAUUCCAUGAUCAAACAGCUUUGUGCGAGUCCUUGUUGUCCUGCAGGAAAAAAUCGACAAAAUUCUGACAAUAGUAUGUACUUUCUCUUGCAUCAAGGUGAUGCCGAAAACGUAUGCAGAACAAACGAAAGAUUAUCACCACGUCCAUGUGGUUCACCGAUUAUGAAGAAAGUUGAAAUACCUCCAUGUUCAAGAUUUACAAGAUUAUGAUAAUAUACUACUAUCAUAUUGUCUUAUUAUUACUAUACAAUAAUUGAAGGGAUUAAGAAUUGAUAAACGACAACAGAUUUAAAAUAUAAAUAUAAUUUUAUAUAAUAUAUAUCACCAGAAAAAUAUUAUAAAUAUUAAACGUUCGUUUUUUUUCUUUUUUUUUCUUUUUUUUUUUCAUAAAUAAUCAAUAAUAUAUCCCAUCUUUUCAAUUUAACAUCGACUGAAAUAAAAUAAACGCUUAAGGUUUACUAAACUUCACUUGGUCGAGUCUUAAUAACAACAACAUCCAAUCUAUAAUUUGCAAAAUAUUGGAAGAUCGAUAAAUGCGUGCAUGUAUUAUAUUCUUUUUUUUUGUAUUUGGCUAAGAAAAAGUUAUGAAAUUCUACUUUAUAGAUUGAAUCAAUUCUAAAUUAUAGAUUUUAUCGAUCUUACAAUUUUUGCAACCUUAUAUAUAUAUAUAUGUAUGUAUAUAUAUAUAUAUAUAUAUAUAUAUAUAUAUAUAUACAUCUUUCUGCGAAUAAAGCAGCCAUCGAAAUUUGUUAAUUCUUAUCUAUCGAGAUUGUUAUUAUCAUUGAUCAACAUUAUUAUAUAAAAAUAAAUUAUCGUUAGUUCGCAUAAAAAAUAUGGCUACGUAAACUGGCUCGGCACUAAAUAUCCCUUUAAUUCUGUCUGUACUUUUUCCUUUUUUUUUUUUUAAAGCGAUUUUUCUUUACACGAACAAAAAUAUAUUCGUGAUAAAUUUUUAAUAUACGCUUUCUUCUUUUUUUCUUUUUUUCUUUCACGUUUUAUUUUUUAAUGAGUUAACAGAUAAAAUGAUAAGUUUCAAAAAAAAAUUCACGGGAACUUUAUGAUCACUGCAUAACUCGACAACGAUGCAUGGCUGAGCAUUGUGUAUCGACUAAUGCAUUAUACAAUCUUUUAGGCUUUUAAAUGUAUUAUUAUUAUUAUUGUUCUUCUUAUUAUUAUUAUUACUAUUAUUAUUAUUAUUAUUAUUAUUAUUAUUAUUAUUAUUAUUAUUAUUAUUAUUAUUAUUAUUAUUAUUAUUAUUAUUAUUAUUGUUAUUGUUAUUGUUACGUUUUCCUAAAGUAUAUUUAAAAAAUACGUACUAUUAGAGAAACAUAUUAUGUCAAGAUAUUAUCAUGACAUUAUAUAUACACAUACGAUGUCAUGACUCUGAAUAUCAAAACGUUUGAUCAUAACGUUUUGCAAUAAUCGUAUGAAUCAGACAUUUACAAAAAAUAAUAUUGCAACAUGUACUCUUUUAUUAUUGUUAAUGUAACAUUUCCAUUAGAUUCUCUAUCUAUUGAAAAAAAUUAUUGUCAUUAAGAAUUCUUUCAGUUUGUUCUUUUUUUUUUUCUUUUCUUUUUCUUUCUUUAUUUUUCCUUCUUCUUUUUAUUUUAUUUUCUUUUUUUUUUCCUUAUCAAUGACAGUUGCUUAAUUGAGAAAAUAAAAACUACACGUGAAAGCAACUCAAAUUAUGUCGAAUACGCAAAUCGUUGAUAUUAUUAUUAUUAAAUAAAAAAAAAAAAAAGAAUAAAAUUAAAUUAAAAAAAAAAAAAAAAAAAAAAA